CAUUGAGUUUAAUAUUUACAGCACAGAGGGGUGUCAGAAUCUCAAGUAUCAAUUUUUAAUCCGUGGGUGUCAGAAGUGUCAGAACAUAUUUGCCUGACAUAUGACAGAACUUAUUUUGUCAUUGUCAAAAAUUGUAACAGUCUGUUAUCAAUGUUAUCAUAACAUAAACAAAAUUCAAGAUUUGAUGUGAUGGUGAUGGAACAACUAUAACUAUAUUAAAUAAUUGUAAAUGGAAAACGGAAAGAGUACCUGCUUGAUAUAAAUUGGCCUUUUAUAUUACUAUUAUGUUCGUGUUGUCUUUUAACAGAUAUUCACAAUAAUAAAGUGCUGAAUUUUCAAUUCGGUUAAAUCCAAUGGUGGUAAUCUUUAUGAAAAUUAGUGUUGUGUUUUAACUGUUCCAACUCAGUAUUUCAUGUAAUGGAAAGAAUUUGAUCGAUAUAUAUAUAGAAAAAGAUUUCUCAGUCACUGUUAUCCUAUAAGCACCAGAUUAUGUCCCAAUCAGUGAGAGCAGCUUCUUCAAAAGCAAAGAGAAGUACUAAGGAAAGGGAUAAACGCAAAUCCCAUACAGUAAAUCAAGAUAGUCAUAAUCUAAACAUAAUUGAAAGAACUUUGCCUAUAAAAGAUACUCAUUCUAAAAGGUAUGCUGGACUGUCCAUUGAAAGUAUAAAAGUAGCUGCUGAACAUAUUACAUUUCCUGACUUACUUUCAGAAGAAUCAUGUGAAAUAUUAGCAGAAGAUUUGAACUAUAAGUUGAGGUAUAUAAUUCAUCAAGCAGCUAAUAGAGCAUUUAUAUCAAAUAGAAGUGGUAUAAAUAGGACAGAUAUCGAGGAAACAUUUCAAGACUUACAAAUAGAAAAAAUUUAUGGCGCUCCAUCUGACCCAUUAUGGAUUCCACUUGCUGAUCAAAAUUGUCUUUUCUUAGAUGUAAUAUUAAAUUGGUACUUUAAAUUGAAGUAUCCCAAUUGUAAUGAUCCUAAAGUGAAUCUUAUAGAAGUGGCAGAGGAAGAAUUAGCAUAUUCUCAACCCUUCAGACCAGUGGUACAUAAAAAAUGGCUACCAGAAAGUAAAGAACCAAAUAACUCCCUCAAAAAUUAUUUCAAUGUUAUAUGUGAAGCUGUUGUUAGCAAUGACAUUGAGGUGAGAAAAAUGGCCCUUCAAAAUAUUAGCGUCAAUCCUAAUAUUGGUCCUAUUAUAAAUUGGCUUUAUAAAUUUGGAUACGUUCUCCUAUCAAAGGAUGUUACAUAUAAUUCUUUAACAUUUUACGCAUUGGAUUUAAUCGAAACUUUGGAAAUGAGUCCAUUAGGAAACACAGAAGCUGAUGAAAACCAGCUGAAAUUACUUGUAAGACUUAUUUUACAACGGUUAUUGAAGUCCUAUACGAAUCCAGAUGUACUAAAACCAAUGUGUUGGGUACUAGCUAUUUUAUGUAGAAGAUAUCCGCUCAAAGAGUAUGUUUUGGCAAAAUUGAAACAAAAACUUCCAGAACUCUCUUUUCAAUAUAACUUAUCAUUUUUAAUGAUUGUCAAUGCCCUGGGAAUCGAAGCUAUUAUUGAGAUUUUUCUGAAAAAUUUCGACAUUUUCUUUAUUAGAUUCAGUAUUGAAGAGGACAAAAAGAUGAAUGGCUAUGAUGCAACUUCACCCAAUUACAAAGAACUUUCUUUUGAUUGGCAGCUUUAUGGAUACCCCAUAAUGGAGAUGUAUUAUAUUCUUGUAAAGAAUAAUAUCUAUGAAAGCAAAUUCAAUAAGUUCCCAGAACUCGCAAAUUUCAGUGUUCUUCUCAGCAAGCCACAACAGUCUGAACCAGAAGAGAACAGAAUGAUCGAUUUCAUAAACAUGAAAAAGCAGUUGAUAAAAACUAGAAGGAAAAUUGAGAUUCAAAAUAAUCGUAGAUUCCUUCCUUAUGAGAGUGUUUUUGAAGUGCCAAUUUAUAGGACACGAAUGAAACAAAAGAUGGAAAAUCAUUACAAAACUAACUACCAUAUAGGUUGGAAAAAGCAGUCUCAUGUUGUUAUAGGAAAAACAUCUCUUUUAUUACCUGUGAUGAAAAAUAACAAUUCAUUCAUUUCAAGAUGUUAUGAUCACUCUUUGUCUUCAUACAAUUUAUAAAACUCCAGUUUGAGAUGGUUGAACAAAUAAAAGAUCGUUGGAAUACCA